UAGCCUACUCGGAGCAUUCAUCUUCGUUCCGUCCACAUGCAUUCGUUCUCGUUUCACUAAAGGAGGUGUAGUUUGUCCGAUUGCUACUGCUAAAAGGGGUUGGACAAAAAUAUUUUCCAUCUUGAACAAUUGCAAUAGCUUCGCAACAUGGCGUCAAUAGGAGAUUUCGACCCGCUCAAUGCUUCCAUCCCUGCCACCAAAGUUGAAAUCACAGUGUCUUGCAGAAAUCUGCUGGACAUGGACACCUUUUCCAAAUCAGACCCAAUAUGCGUUCUGUACACACAAGGCAUCAGCAAUAAGGAGUGGAGAGAGUUUGGAAGGACAGAGGUGAUUGAAAACACUCUCAACCCGGAGUUUGUUCGUAAAUUCAUCUUGGAUUAUUUCUUUGAGGAACGACAGAAUCUGAGAUUUGACCUGUACGACGUCGACUCAAAGAGCGCCAACCUGUCGAAACAUGACUUCCUUGGCCAAGCGUUCUGUACGUUGGGAGAGGUGGUGGGAUCGCUGGGCAGUCGCAUGAAGAAACCUCUCGUGGGCCUUCCUGGAAAGAAGUGUGGAAACAUCAUUGUUAAGGCAGAAGAGAUGGGAAACUGCAGGGAGUCGGUGAUGAUGCAGUUCUGUGGGAAUAAACUGGACAAGAAAGAUUUCUUCGGCAAGUCGGACCCUUUCCUCGUCUUCUACCGCAGCAAUGAAGAUGGAACGUUCACAACCUGCCAUAAGACAGAGGUGGUGAAGAACACACUAAACCCAGUGUGGCAGGCCUUCAAGAUACCUGUCCGAGCACUCUGCAACGGAGACUACGACAGAACGAUCAAGAUAGAAUGCUACGACUGGGACAGAGAUGGAAGCCAUGACUUCAUAGGAGAGUUCACUACCAGCUACAGAGAGCUAUCCAGAGGCCAGUCCCAGUUCAAUGUGUAUGAGGUUGUAAAUCCAAAGAGGAAAAAGAAAAAAUACCUCAACUCUGGAACGGUAACACUGCUCUCAUUCCUGGUGGAUAUAGAGGUCACCUUCCUCGACUACAUCAAAGGAGGGACCCAGAUUAAUUUCACAGUGGCGAUUGAUUUCACCGCUUCAAACGGCAACCCAACCCAGCCCACCUCUCUCCACUACAUGAGUCCCUACCAGAUGAAUGCCUACGCCAUGGCCAUGAAGGCUGUAGGGGAGAUCAUCCAGGACUAUGACAGUGAUAAGAUGUUCCCUGCUUUGGGCUUCGGAGCCAAGCUGCCCCCUGACGGACGGGUCUCACAUGAGUUCGCCCUGAAUGGCAACCCCCAAAACCCAUACUGUGCAGGUAUAGAUGGAGUGAUGGAGGCAUAUUACCAGAGCCUGAAGUCUGUCUGCCUCUACGGCCCAACCAACUUCUCCCCUGUCAUCAACCACGUGGCCAGGUAUGCUGCGUCAGUGAAGGAUGGCUCUCAGUACUUCAUCCUCCUCAUCAUCACAGAUGGAGUCAUCUCAGACAUGGCCCAGACCAAGGAGUCCAUCGUCAAUGCUUCGUGUCUUCCAAUGUCGAUUAUCAUCGUAGGGGUGGGACCAGCAGAAUUUGAUGCGAUGAUUGAGUUGGACGGGGAUGAAGUGAGGAUCUCGUCGAAGGGAAGAUAUGCAGAGAGGGACAUUGUUCAGUUUGUCCCAUUCCGAGACUACACCGACCGGACAGGGAACCACAUCCUGAGUAUGGCCCGUCUAGCCAAGGAUGUCCUCGCUGAGAUCCCUGAUCAGUUCCUCUCCUACAUGAGAAUCAGAGGCAUCAAGCCCUCGCCCGCACCCCCUCCAUACACCCCCCCAGGACACCACCUGCAGACGCAGAUCUGAAGGGUGCGGAGAUGCCCCCUGGUCCCGAACAAAGCCUCUUCAAAUAUGUAUUUGUCUCUCUCCUCUCUGCAUCACUCGCUCAGUGAUAGGAGAGGCCUUCUUGGCUUUCUCGCUCUCUCUCAUUGCACUAAUGGAGGCUGACUGACUGGCAGGGUUCUAGAAGUUUUUACUGAGCGGUUCUAAAGGGUUCUACUUUGGAACGGGCGGAUGGAGUCAACAGGGGCAUGUUUACUUUCAUUGUCAAACGUUCCUCUGUCUGGACUUCAUGUAUAUCGGCCAAUGGAGACACUCUCUGGGACACACCUGGGAAGAUGGACAGAGUCUGGUCUUCCCAACUCACCUGGCAAGGAAUGAAGGAUUUAAGGAAAGAAUGAAAGGAAGAAGGAAGGAUGGAAGGAGGAUAGGAAGUAAGUUCCUGGGGACUGGCCUUUUUCAUGAGCAGAGUGGUGAAAAGGUUCUAUAGUCUGGAUGUGGUAUCACUUGACUGUUGUAAAUAACUGGAAAUGUAUUUCUAUCUCUCUCUACUCUGUCUCUCUAUUCUUCCAACUCUCACUCAAUGUUUACAGUACAUGUUAAUGAUUUUCACCAUUGGACGCUUGUAUAAUAUACAGUACCAGUCAAAAGUUUGGUCACAUCUACUCAUUCAAGGGUUUUUCUUUAUUUUGACUAUUUUCUACAUUGUAGAAUAAUAGUGAAGACGUCAAAAACAAAUAAAUACACAUAUGGAAUCAUGUAUUAACCAAAAAAGUGUUAAACAAAUCAAAAUAUAUUUGAGAUUCUUCAAAGUAGCCAAACUUUUCCUUGAUGGCAGCUUUGCACACUCUUGGCAUUCACUCAACUAGCUUCAUUUGUUGGCUGCUUUUCCUUCACUCUGCGGUCCAACUCUUCCCAAACCAUCUCAAUUGUGUUGAGGCUGGGUGAUUGUGGAGGCCAGGUCAUCUGAUGCAGCACUCCAUCACUCUCCUUCUUGGUCAAAUAGCCGUUACACAGCCUGUUGGUGUGUUGUGUCAUUGUCCUGUUGAAAAACAAGUGAUAGUCCCACUAAGCGCAAACCAGAUGGGAUGGAGUAUCUCUGCAGAAUGCUGUGGUAGCCAUGCUGUUUAAGUGUGCCUUGAAUUCCAAACAAAUCACUGACAGUGUCACCAGUAAAGCACCGUCACAGCACAUCCUCCACGCUUCAUGGUGGGAACCACACAUGCGGAGAUCCUCCGUUCACCUACUCUGCGUCUCACAAAGUCACAGCGGUUGGAACUAAAAAUCUCCCAUUUGGACUCAUCGGACCAAAGGACAGAUUUCCACGGGUCUAAUGUCCAUUGCUCAUGUUUCUUCGCCCAAGCAAGUCUCUUCUUAUUAUUGCUGUCCUUUAGUAAUGGUUUCUUUGCAGCAAUUCAACUAUGAAGGCCUGAUUCAUGCAGUGUCCUCUGAACAGUUGAUGUUGAUUUGUCUGUUACUUGAACUCUGUGAAUCAUUUAUUUGGGAUGCAAUAUCUGAGGCUGGCAACUAAUGAACUUAUCUGGGUCUUCCUUUCCUGUGGCGGUCCUCAUGAGAGCCAGUUUCAUCAUGGCGCUUGAUGGUUUUUGCGACUGCAUUUGAAGAAACUUUCAAAGUUCUUGAAAUGUUCUGUAUUGACUGACCUUCAUUUCUUAAAGUAAUGAUGGACUGCCGUUUCUCUUUGCUUAUUUGAGCUGGGCUUGGUGUUUUACCAAAUAGGGCUAUUUUCUGUAUACCAUACCUACCUUGUAACAACACAACUGAUUGGCUAAAGCGCAUUAAGAUACAAAGAAAUUCCACAAAUUAACAAGGCACACCUGUUAAUUGAAAUGCAUUCCAGGUGACUACCUCAUGAAGCUGGUCGAGAGAAUGCAAAGAGUGUGCAAAGCUGUCAUCAAGGCAAAGGGUGGCUACUUUGAAGAAUUUCAAAUAUAAAAUAUAUUGUGGCAAUUUGUUUAACAUUUUUUUGGUUACUACAUGAUUCCAUAUGUGUUAUCUCAUAGUUUUGAUGUCUUCACUAUUAUUCUACAAUUUAGAAAAUAGUAAAAAUAAAGGAAAACCCUUGAACGAGUAGGUGUGUCCAAACCUUUGACUGAUACUGUACAUACUUCUUUCAGUUUGGAACUUUGGAAUAUCAAUCAAUAUUCUCUCGCUUGAUCUCUCAGCGUGUUGUCUUUGCCAGGGGAGUCAGGUUGCGGUUGCAACAGUGCAGGUCCAAGUAGCCACUGUACUAUACUAUGUCCCUUUGCAUGAGUGUAGCAUCAGAGCAUGCAUUGUGGUCCUACACUUCCCUGCCUGUCACUGCUCUCAGGCUUUGGGGUUAAAUGUUUGUUGUUGAAGCGCAUUCUGCUCCUUUCUAAACUGCCUUGGCGAUAGGGUGUCCAUGCCAGCCACGCUGCGAGUGCCCACGGGUUUUCUCACUGUGCCGAGAACAACAGUGACUCAACCAACAUCAUAUUCUCUUCCAAAUCCAUUUAAAUAACAACAGAUGCUCUCCGAUCCAGUUUGAGACAACAGCAGAAGCCCAGUAGUCAAAAACCGUUACAAAAAUGAUUUCCUUCUGUUCGGUUCUUGUUCUUUUUUAUUAUUAUUAUUAUUAUUAUUACAUUUGUCAUUUAGACUUACAGGAGCAGUUCGGGUUAAGUGCCUUGCUCAAGGGCACUUGGGCAGAUUUUUUUUCUUCUCAACUCGUCGGCUCGGAAUUCGAACUAGCGACCUUUCAAUUACUGACCCCAACACUCUUAUAACCACUUGGUUAUUGCCUUGGAAGUUGAUAUUCUUAAGUAGAUUGUUUUAAGUUGCCUUGUUAAGGUAACUUUAUUGUUUUGAGUUGUGCCAAUCAUUAUGUCAUAUUAUUUGUUAUAGUGUUAAGCCCCGAGUGUGUUGGCCGUAGAUGAUGGUGUCUGGGGGUUGUCAUGACAACUUGUUCUUCCUAAAUGUAAUUCCCAUCCAAUAAUCCCAAUUAACAAUACCCACUGAGGGCUAGGAGUUUUUCAUCGCCGAGGAAAAACUCCUGGCCCGUAGCCAUUAUACCCAGUCAACCCACUCUUACUUCUUACCUCCAGGGUAUCCUCUUCAAUCUGCUGUCUUAAUGGGCUUGGAGUUUAUAUCAACUGCCUUUUUAAUUAUUAAUAAUAUUAAUCAUUAUUAUCAUAAUAUAGAUAUUAGCUACUGCUUGUAUGGAGGUGGUGUGUAAUUGAUAACUUGAUUGGUUACAUGUCAAUAUCCCUUAUCAAACUAACAGACAUUCCAACACUACAUUCAUGUAUUUCGCAGUUGUUGCCAUUUUCAUGUGUGUGCCACUGUCGGUCUGUUGCCAUAUCAUUACUGAUAGACCGAUGCCCUUUGCCACAAUUCAACCACAUAACAACUCCUCUCUUUUCUGUGUAAUUCCUCCUCUUGUUUCACUGCAGCUCAGUGGACGCAGCCUUACAGAUUACAAUCGACUGUUUUAAUGCUUUUAAAUAGGAUCGACUCCAAGCCAAUAAUAUUUGGCAUAGCAGUAAGAGGGGGGUGAGAGAGGGGGAUACAGCCCAGUGGGUUAUGUCAUUGGAGGGUCGUUCCAUGUCAUUUCGUUAUUCUAUGUCAAUGUUAAAGGGAUAGUUCGCCCAAAUUACAAAAUUACAUAUUGGAGUCUAUGGACAAAAGUACGACAGCAAACCAUUCUUUGGUUUUAUUUACUUGGCCACUGUUUUUUGAAUUCUAACUUUUUAGCAUUUGUCACACAAUCCAAUGCAAGUCAAUGGUACCUAUGUUAGCAUUUUAAUUGCUUCAUAUGCAAAUCAUCUCAAGUGUGAAAAUGCCACUAUGUAUCCUCUUUCUGGUGUCUUUUUGAGGUGGAAUGACCCUGGACAGAAGUAGGCAACCAGGUCAACCCGCUGAUUUAGUCAGAGGAGUACAGGCAUUUAGUGCUACAUACCUGAGUCAACACAGUGCCACACCUAUACAGGGAGAUGUUGGCUAGCCGAGAGAGAGAAUAACCUCACACGGUAUAUUCAACAUGGCAGUCUGCCAUGUUAACCCACGUACUUUACACAACAUAUAUUUGAUGAGAAACUCUGCCUUGUUUAAAACAUUUUUUUUAAAGACAUACAGUAGACACAAACUGUAUUUGCAACAUUUCUUGUCUCUCUCACAACUUUCAGUAAUGUCUUUCUUUCAUUGUGUUUUUCUCACACAUUUGAAAGCCUUCCAUAAUUGCCUCCUCUGCAUCUAUAGUUGUGGCUAGUCUUGAGUCUUUGUAUCAUAAGAAACCUUAGCCAAAUCCAUAUGAGGCACCGCAUGGCUCGUCAAAAGAAAUGCACUAUGUGGGGAAUAGCUAGUGUGUUAUUUGAAACCCAGCUAGUCUGUGCUGCAGUCUUCCACUGGGCUUGUAGCAGAGCAGGAGGUAUCAUUAGGACUUUGGGUCACAGUCUAGAGCUCGUUAUAUGCUCCCAUUAACCACCCACAGGCUACUGACACAGUGUGGACACACACACACACACACACGUGUGCCCGUGCAUACACACACACAUGACCACGCAGACACACAUACAGCUGAGAUCAUGUUCACCAUCAAGGACUACUGACGUUGUCAUUUUUUGCGCUUUCUCUUUUUACACUACUAAAGGAUCAUUCUGUUCUUUCACUGCUUUGCUAGUGCCACAACACUUGCCAUCUGCUUGCCAAGCCGUGUGUGUGUGUGUGUGUGUGUGUGUGUGUGUGUGUGUGUGUGUGUGUGUGUGUGUGUGUGUGUGUGUGUGUGUGUGUGUGCGCGACGCCAGAGUUUUUAAUAGAGCAUGUGAGUUCACACACGUGAUCUUUGUUUACUAAAGAUAUCCAAGAUAUCCGUGCACUAUGUUUGCAUGUACAGUUUUACAUGAGAUGCACCAGUUCUUUUGUUGUAAUUGAGUGUUUUGGAAAAAGAAAAUCUAUGAAAAUAACUAUACAAAAUGGCCUUAAAAAAAUUCACUGAUUUCUUGGAAUUUGUGCGAUGCCUUCAGAUAUUGACUUGUUCUCUCUUUUUGUGUCCGUGUACAAUGUUUUCUUUGCAUAACUUCAUUUAUGGGGAAAACAGGACUCCGUGGUCAAUCAGAUGAAAGCCUGACUGAAGUUCUGAUUGUCUGGUAAUCCAUAUUAUAGAUGACUUUCUGAAUCAAACUACUGAUUUUUAAAUAAAGAUUCUUACUUAACACUAA